AUGACUUCUAAGGAGGGGAUUUUGGAGUUUAUUAGCCUGGCAGUGGGGCUGGUGAGCAUCCGUGGGGUGGACUCAGGACUCUACCUCGGCAUGAAUGAGAGAGGCGAGCUCUAUGGGUCGAAGAAGCUCACCCGGGAGUGCGUUUUCCGGGAGCAGUUUGAAGAGAACUGGUACAACACGUACGCCUCGACCCUCUACAAGCACCCCGACUCGGAGAGGCAUUACUACGUGGCUCUGAACAAGGACGGCUCCCCCCGCGAGGGGUACAGGACUAAGAGACACCAGAAAUUCACCCAUUUUUUACCCCGGCCUGUGGACCCUGCCAAAAUCCCUGCCAUGUACAGAGACCUCUUCCACUACAGGUGAUGUUUCCUGCCGCUGCCCCCUCAGUGUACAUACUUGGGCUCCCAAGCUUUUUCCCAGAGCACUAUAUUAAUAGUCAUUCCAUCAUUCCUGUAAGCGUAGAUGACAUAGGAAAGCACUUACAUUGAAUUCAGACACUGCUGUUCCUCCUCGUUUCAAGCGUAUAUCGAAGCUGGGUUAUUUAUGGGGGAGGGGGUAGGGAAGGGAGGGAACCCUACGUAUAAUCUUUCAUUUUCAUUCAAUUCCUUUACCCGGUUGCUGCAAGAGAGGCCGAAUAUUCAAUGUUAUGGUUGCUUAAAGGAACAAGCAGGUGAGCAAACCUGAUCCCCAGGUGGGGAAAGAAACCAAAAACCAGCUAAAAAUGAAGAGAAGGGAAGAAAACGGCCACAGA